AUGGGUUUGUGCUCGGAAGGAAAGGUCAAGGUAGCAACAGAGUCCAUGGGUGGUGAUCAAAAUAUAUCUGCUGAUUAUGGGCGUUUUGUUGCUCUUUUGGAUUCCUCGGCGAAUUUGAAGUCGCUCGAACUGGAUGGACGCCGUAUGUUUGAUAGAAUGCGCGAAAGAAACAUGAGGUCUUGGCACUCCUUGAUAAAUGCAUAUGCCGCAAAUGGGCAGGGAGUUGAUGGUCCAUUGUUUGUUGAGGAAAUGAAAAAAGGUUUGCUACACUUUCUGUCAAUGAGGAUUGAAUACGGUGUUCCUCCUGGGAUCGAACACCAUCUUGGGGUUGUUGAUGUUCUUGGGAAAGCUGGUUUUUCAUAUGAAUCUGAGGAGUUUGUUGAGAGGAUGCCAUUUGAGCCCACGGUUGAGGGCAACGAUAAUAUAGUCCCGUCUUCCCCAAGAAAGAAGUACAAUGCUAGUGAUAUGCUGGCGGAGAAGAGUACGGCCGCUGAAUUUCAGUGCCCAAAACCUUACGAGGGAGAGGUUUAUGAGAUGUGUGAUUCACGACAUUGA